CUGAAGAUGACUGAUUGAUCAACAGGUCCCGUCUGAGAGUCUGUGACAUCACGGAAACUAACAGACAUUUCAUGUUUUAACGAUACUAAAGGUUUAUUACAGGAUCGUCUUCAUAUUUAUUUAAAUAUCUAUGAGUUGUUCAAAAUCAGGUUCAGUAGUCCUUGCAGUUUAACAGGGUAAUUACCAUUUGGACUCAUCUGUUCAGCAAAGUCCUGACCAACUGAGCGACCAAUUAUGGGAGACUGGGGCUUUCUCUCAGCCUUACUGGACAAGGUACAGUCUCACUCCACUGUCAUCGGGAAGAUAUGGAUGAGCGUUCUUUUCAUCUUCCGCAUCCUGGUGUUGGGAGCAGGAGCCGAGAACGUUUGGGGCGACGAAAGAUCCAACUUAGUGUGCAACACCAACACCCCUGGCUGCGAUAAUCUGUGCUACGACUGGCAGUUCCCCAUCUCGCACAUCCGCUUCUGGGUCAUGCAGAUCAUCUUCAUUUCCACUCCAACUUUAGUGUAUCUGGGGCACGUGGUGCACAUCAUCCACCAGGAGAACAAACAGAGAGAACUUCUCAAAAGCAAUCCCAUGGCAAAGUCGCCGAAAUACACUGACGAAAAGGGGAAGGUCGAAAUUAAAGGAAGUAUGUUGGGUAGCUACUUGACGCAACUGUUCAUUAAGAUCAUUUUAGAGGUGGCCUUCAUUGUCGGACAGUAUUAUUUGUUUGGAUUCAUCAUUGACCACAAGUUCAUCUGUGAAAGGUCACCCUGUGUGAGGGCUGAGUGUUUCGUGUCCAGACCCACGGAGAAAAGCAUCUUUAUUAUCUUCAUGCUGGUGGUGGCUUGCGUGUCUCUGGCCUUAAAUGUUCUGGAGAUAUUUUAUUUGCUUUGUAGGAGGAUCAGUCGGAGAAAUAAGAAGUGUAGACAAGCAAUGUAUGAUGGCGAAUCUCGUUAUCCGGGGCAUUUCACAACAGAACUUGAGUCUAUGAAUGGGAUGAGGCAUAAUGAGUUUAACAUGGCCAUUCAGAACAAGUGGAGUCAAAGAAAAGGCAGUGUGGAUGCAGCCAAACCUGAGGCUUAAAGGGUCAUGAAACACCAAAACCUAUUUUUUGAGAUGUUGUCAGUCAUAUUUGUGUCCCACAUUGUUAAAAACACUAUUAGGACACAUAUUCUUCACCAAAAAGAAGUGCAAAUUGGUUGUUUUUGCGUCAUUUCAAGCAAAUUCGUUCGGUUUGAAAAUGAAUUUUGAAGCUACGUCACGGCCAUGAAAUCAUUGUGUAAAUUCCAGCGUGGAGACUGGAUGUCUGUACCGGCCAGUACAACGUGACGUCUUUGAGUUUUCAUAACUAAUUCAAGAAAUAGACUUGGUUAGAACCAAUCAGCACGUGUUAAGGGGCAGAAAUACAUAAUUAUACUUUAUUCAGCAAUAAAUUUCCUUUAUUAAACAUGGAGCGAUUCCAUUGUCAACCCAUGUAACAAAAUUAAGUUUUUACCAAAAUAGUGAAACCUUUUUGUGUAGGCUUGUAUUUUACAGUACAGGAAUGUCUCUGUCAGUGUUUUCAAAGAACUCUAUUUGAUUUACCAAAGUCACACAAGUGGCAAUUUCACAUCUGUCACAUUCAUAACCAAGCUUUUCCCUCAUAAAUGCAAAAAUGUCAGAUAAAACAAAAUCAACAAUUUUUGUUCUACAGAAAAACAACUCUUAUCUUUUAAAUUAGCAUUAUUUCUUUUGGGUUGUACCGUUUAAUUCACAGAAUUUCUACAAAGUAUGUUGUAUACUCGCAUUCUUUUUUGGUCACGUCCUUGGCGCAUGUUUAUUUUCCUCAUUUAAAAUAUAAUUGAUUGAUAAUUUUAUGCUCCCAUAACUCUGUGGUUCAUUGUUUUGGAAAAUAUAAACAGUUAAUUCAAUAUAAUGUUAACAUAUACUUUCUCUGUGCAUUUAUGUUUUACGUUUUUGCUGCAAAUGUUACAAUGUUGCAAAUGUUGUCAACUGUAAGGUUUGCUAACUGAACACAAGAUGGCGGUACAACUGCUUGAGUCGCACUCACUAAACCGAACUCCUGUCUCUACAAGGCCAGUAAUUUUCUCAUUUUUGUCCGUCUCCAAAGUAUUUCAGUGACAUUUAAUCAUGAAAUAUGUUUGUUUAAGUAUGUUUUGUUCUAAUAAAAAUUUGAUAACAAAGGCAAA